GAGCUCGUUUACUACUCUGUACUUGGCACCCCUCGGCGAAGGUAGUUGGCUAACUGUACCCCUCCCUGCCGAGCGACCCUGCCCCCUCGCUCCUGGAUCUUCUUCCUCCUCGGCCGAGCGCCGCCACCCAUCCCGCUGCCGAGCGCCCAUCGUCUUCCUCCUCGCGCGAGCGCCUCCACCGCAGAAACUGAGGAGCGCAGCAUAACACGAGCAAAAUCAGCCUGCCCUUCCUAUCAAGGACUUUUUUUAUUUCCAGUACAGCUUUCGAGAGAUGCAAAAAAUGAUGGGGGGAAAACCUAACCUUGGUUGACGGAAUGAAAUUGAGGAGCACAGCAAUAACACGAGCAAAUUCAGCCUGUCUUCCUAUGGAGGAUCGUGGUUGUUUUAAGUACAAUGGUGUCAAUGAGGGCGAAGAAGAGCGAAAGGGAGGGCAUGGCAUCCCAAAGGUUUCCAUGGUCCCCCUUAUAUUCCUCAUAUUCUAUGAAGUUUCAGGGGGGCCCUUCGGGAUUGAGGAUAGUGUUAAGGCUGCUGGGCCGCUCCUAGCAAUUGUGGGAUUUCUUCUGUUUGCACUCAUAUGGAGUGUUCCAGAAGCACUGAUCACUGCUGAGAUGGGCACUAUGUUCCCUGAGAAUGGUGGCUAUGUUGUCUGGGUCUCUUCAGCUCUUGGGCCAUUUUGGGGAUUUCAGCAAGGCUGGGCGAAGUGGAUCAGCGGUGUCAUAGAUAAUGCCCUCUAUCCUGUCCUUUUUCUUGACUAUGUCAAGUCUAGUAUUCCAGCUCUUGGUGGUGGACUUCCAAGAACCUUUGCAGUGCUUAUCCUCACAGUUGCUCUUACUUACAUGAACUACAGAGGGUUAACAAUAGUUGGCUGGGUGGCAGUCUUUCUUGGGGUGUUCUCUCUGCUACCAUUCUUUGUAAUGGGAUUGAUAGCUAUUCCACGCAUUGAACCUUCAAGAUGGCUUGAAAUGGACCUGAGCAAUGUGAAUUGGAGCUUGUAUCUGAACACUCUGUUUUGGAACCUCAACUAUUGGGAUUCAAUCAGUACAUUGGCUGGAGAGGUCGAGAAUCCAAAGAGGACUCUUCCGAAGGCACUUUCUUAUGCUCUAGUUUUGGUAGUUGGGGGAUACCUGUACCCUCUGAUCACCUGUACAGCAGCACUACCAGUUGUUCGGGAGUCAUGGACAGACGGAUAUUUCUCAGAUGUUGCAAAAAUUCUUGGUGGUUUCUGGUUGCAUUCAUGGAUUCAAGCAGCAGCAGCAUUGUCAAACAUGGGCAACUUUGUCACCGAAAUGAGCAGUGAUUCUUAUCAGCUUCUCGGGAUGGCCGAGCGAGGUAUGCUCCCUGAGUUCUUCGCCAAGAGAUCGCGGCACGGGACUCCGCUGGUCGGCAUCCUGUUCUCCGCGUUCGGCGUGGUCCUGCUGUCCUGGAUGAGCUUCCAGGAGAUCAUCGCCGCAGAGAACUACCUCUACUGCUUCGGGAUGAUCCUGGAGUUCAUAGCCUUCAUCAAGCUGAGGAUGACCCACCCCAACACCUCCCGGCCUUACAGGAUCCCGCUGGGCACCGUGGGCGCGGUCCUGAUGAUCAUCCCCCCAGCCAUCCUGAUCAUCGUGGUGAUGGCGCUGGCGUCCUUCAAGGUGAUGGCAGUGAGCAUCCUGGCGGUCCUUAUUGGGUUUGCGCUCCAGCCGAGCCUGGUGUACGUGGAGAAGAAGCGGUGGCUGAGGUUCUCUGUCAGCGAGGACCUGCCUGAGCUGCCGGACUCCUCGCCUGUUGCCGAUGGAGAUGAGACCGUCCCCCUUGUCAUCUGAUUUAUGCAAAUGUAAUCCCCAUUCAGAACAUGCUGCAUGGAAGAAACUAUAAAUCCAGUGAUCUAAAGCCUGCCGCCAUCGCGCUGGUUUACCUUGAUGUCAUCCGAAAAGAAGUAGAGCAUGUUUAACUUGCAA